ACACAGACGGACCGAAAUGUGCGCCUCGAAAACCUGUUCCCCUAAACGAAGCACGUGAGCGGAGCUAACCUCGAACAGCAGACAUGCCGAAAGCGCUGAAAGGGAAGAACGCGGUGGAGAAGAAAGUGAUCCAUCCUUAUAGCAGAAAAGCGGCGUCUCUGGCCAGAGCAGCUCACAAACAGGACAGGAAAGACAAGUUAAAAAAUGAAAAGGCUCAGCGUUUAAAUUUAUUUGGAGAAAAACUUUUAUGGUUCCAAAGUCAGCUGGACUCAGACAAGUUAGAAUAUUCUAAACAAGAGGCUUGUGAAAUCAUCGAGAGGUACUUGCACCGAUUUGAUGCGGAAUUAGACCAGAUCGAACUGGCCAACAGCAUUAAAGGGCGUCAGGGUCGACUGCACUUCUCCAGAGAGGCCAUCAUAAAGCAGACGAUGGAAAGAGAGCGAGCUCAAUACGAAGGGAACGGCUUCGAGAUUCCAGAUAUAAUCAACAGCAAGCAUUUGAAAACGUUCAGAGAGUGGAACGGGGAUCUAAAGAAACUGCCCAACAUCAAGAUGCGCAAAGUUUCAGCAAAAGGCCUAGAGAAACAACACACUGCAGUGCAAGAAACACACACCAUGGAAGAGAAGCAUGAAGAUGAGGAUGAGGAUGAAGUACUUCAGGAUUCUGAUGCAGAGCUUUCGGAAGAUAAUGCAUGAUGCAAAACAGCUAUUGACUGAGCGUAUAUAUUUUUUAAAGUGUAGAUGACUGAUACAGUGUGUGUGUGUGUGUGUGUUCAAGUACAAAGUUCAUUUCUAGUCAGGACUUGCUGUAUAUAUCUGUUUGGGCUGUUGUGAUGCUGCUACAUCCAUUUUAAAUUAAAAAAAAUCUAUUUAAAUGUGCCAGUCAGAUUUGAUCUGUUCAUGUCUUUCAUAAAAAAAGUCUCCAACUGUGCUUUUAAUUUAGCCCCACGCCAGGAACUAGACAAUUGAAGGAUGUCUGACCUGUCCUAUUAUUAUUAUUAUUAUUAUUAGUGUUGGCUAACUGUGAAGUGAAAAACGACUCCAACACAGACAUGCCAAAACUUUUCUCGAAUGGCCACUAGGAGCCUGGCUCCAUCCAUCUUCAACUGCUUACUUGAAGUGGAUUCCCAAGGUAGCAGUUCCAGCAGGAAACCCCUUCCUUUUCCUUGGCCACUUUAACAAACUUUGACUAAGGGAUCCUGAGGCACUCCCAGGCCAGUUUGGAGUUAUACUCUUUCCAUCUAGUCCUAGUCCUAGGUCUGGCCUCCUCCCAGCUGAAUGUGCCAAGAACACCACCCUAAGGAGGCAUCCUAGUGGCAUCCUUACCACAUGCCUGAACCAAUUUAUCUAAUUUCUUUCUUCGCAAAGGAACCGAGUUUUGAGUACUUUGAGUUUUUCACUCGCUCAUGCCCAUAAUUGACUGAUAGAUCUCAAAAGCUUUGACUUUUGGCUCAACUUUCUUGUUGCCACAAUGGCACGGAUAAACGACUGCAUUCAGUGAAUAAAUCACCAUAGAGCCCUAAUGUCUUUUUACUUUACAACAGAAAUAAAUCUGGUAACAGCUUGGUACUAAAAUUGUUUUGACAACUGUAGGAGAGAUGAAUUUUUAUGUAACUCAUCAGGUCAAAUUAUAUUAGGGAAUAAAAUGAUGCAUAAUUAGGGGCAUAGCUGAAAUGCAGGUGUUGAACUGCUAGCUGUCUGCUAUCCAUCGCUAACUAGAAUC